AGCUUCUUGGGAAGUUUCUAUACAUAAAUCACAUUAUAUAUAUGUUACUAUAUCUAAAUGUGUGUAACCACUGCUAUCAAGUCAAUUCUGACUCCAAGCAACCCUAUAUAAGUGCUAAAUAAGGCUGCCGCUACUGAGUUUUAACUUUCCCUUUAUAGAGGUCUGAGGUCACAAAGUUAGUGAGAUGCCCACAUUCUUGUCCAUGAUGCAAGCGAAUAUAUCAGUAGUCUCACCAUUGGUAAUUGGAAGAGAGCUUCUGAUAAAGUGAGUGCAUUCAACUGAGAAAAGUUUCCAGCUGUUUAAACACCUGCAAAUUAAAGACAAUCUGUACUUUCAGUAAAGGGCACAGGGAAUGCAGCAUAUAAAGGAAAACCUGUCCUCUUAGAUUGACUUCCCUGGGAAGCCCUCCUGGUUGUGUGUGUCCUCAGUUGAGAGCAGAAUCGACAAACGGGCUGCCUCAGUUAGGGUCCAUCUUAUCUGCUGUGGUGCUGUUCCCGGCAUCCAGGGAACCUUUAAGGUGUCCAUCUCUUCUAGUGCCUUCAUGGGUGAGAAAGCGAGAACGUUCUCUAAGCAAUUCUUGGAAUCCAUUUGCAUUUACAACUGGUAGUCUUUGAGCUGAGGUACAUCGUGUUCUGCAUAGCAUCCUGUACCUCGAUUUAUUGUGGGGUUUGAAGAGAUUAACUCUAGUUCAAGGGGUCAUGUAUUUUGUGUCACGUGGAGGAAAAAUAUUCUCUAGUCAGAUUGGGGAGAUGUGGAGGCAAACGAAAGCAUUUUUGCCCAAGUUAAUGGUCCAUGGAAAAUGAUGGGAACGUUCUGGUCACUGUUCUAGUCACAGAACCUGUAGGAGGUGGUUGUAACCCUCUUGUUCAGCCUUUGAUCACGCACAAGGCAGUUUCUCUGUCCCUUGAUCCCUGCAGUUGCCUUUGUUCACUGCUUAGGCCUGCUGACAUUCCACUGGCUCUCUUCUGAGGAGAUUUUGCAGUGACUCAUAGUCACUGUGACAUCUCCACUUCACUGGACUUCCUUUUAGUGUCAAGAUAGCAAAAGCCUGAUUGUUAUGAAAAGCGAAUUGAAAUGUUAGUAUGUUCAUUGUUGCUAGGACCUAUCCAUUAUCAUCGCUCAAAACCCAGACUUUAAAAUAUUGAUAUUAAUAUGUACUGAUUUUUGUUUGUAGCUCUCCUUUUCAAAGCCCUGGAAAGGAGAAGCAGCAGAAUAAUUGCAUCUGCUCGAUGGAAAACAAAUGGCUCUGAAACAAUAACAUUUAACUAGAGGCUUAGUCAUCUCUACCCAUGUAUGCAUGGCCAGUCAUUCCUUCCUACACACCAAACAUAUCCACCCACUCAUGGCUACUACUUGAGACUUUAGGCCCAAGGCUUUUAUCAUUCUUUCUAGUGAGGAAGUUACAGCGCUCUUUUUUUUUCUUGGUGGAGGGAUAGAGGUAGGGUGAUUUCUGAAACAAGUACAGAACAAAUGUACAACAGGGUAGUUGAUAAUUAAGGGCCAAAGUGUGUCCUUAGGUGUAGACAUAAAUGCUACAGUAAUCAUACAACCCAAACCAAACCCACUGCCAUCAAGUUGAUUCUGACUCAGAGAGACUCAGAGAUAGGGUUUCCAGGAAUGUCAUUUUUUCAGGAUCAGGCUGACUCAUCUUUCUCCCACAGAACUGGUGGAUUUGAACCACCGACUUCUCAGUUAGCAGCCCAAUGCUUAUUCAUGGAGGAGGCAGGUACCUAGACUAUGCCCUGAGAGUCAUGAAAUAGAAGUGAGUCUGGUAUUUGGGGGUGUUUAUUGACAUAGGGUAAAGCCUACAGGUAGGAUCGGAGUUUUAUAAGAAGUUGGCCUCGUAUAAAAAAAAAUAAAGUUAUUAUGGAUUCUUAAAUGGGGACCUGCUUUAGGAGGGUGAAUCUGGGUCUUACAUUCUAAUCGAUUAACUAGGGGAAGAGGCUAGUGACCAGUUUUGAUAAUGGAGUAAUUCAGACAUCAUGGUGACACGGAUUGAGAAGGGGCAGGGUGAAAACGAAGAACCAGAAAUGGUGUGAAGAAAGAAGGCUAAGUUUUCAGAGUGCAUCACUAAAACCAGAUAUCUUCUUAAGUCUCUAAAUGUAGUUUCUACUUUACUUUUAGGGAAGGUAAACCAAUGGUGUUAAGAGAAAGCAAAAAUAACAUCCAGAUCGUUGUCUUGGAAUUAAAAGGAUGGGCUUAGGUGGAGAAAAUCAGGGAUAGGAUUGGAACCCAAGGCCCAGAAUGGCAGGAGAGGAUGUGGGGGCUCCACCAGAUCACCUCUGGGUUCACCAAGAGGGUAUCUACCGCGACGAGUACCAGCGCACGUGGGUUGCUGUCGUGGAAGAGGAGACAAGUUGCCUCAGGGCACGAGUCCAGCAAGUUCAGGUCCCCUUAGGUGAUGCAGCUAGGCCAAGCCACCUCCUGACCUCCCAGCUACCGCUCAUGUGGCAGCUGUACCCCGAGGAGCACUACAUGGAUAACCAGUCUCGCUUGUGGCAGAUAGAGCAUCACUUAAUGGUCAGGGGAGUACAGGAGCUGUUGCUGAAGCUUUUGCCUCAUGAUUAACCUGGUGCUGGGAUUAUUGGAAGAAAUGCUCCUUUAUUCAAUUCAGUAUAUGGCAAUCACAUCGUACUCCACUGCAGUGCACCCACCCUGGGCCUGAGGGGGAGGGAGUGGGCUGAAGAACUGAUGCAGAAAGUUUAGGAAGGGUCAUGAAACUGCAGAGCCAGGGUUACACAGGCAGAAACCGUUAGUCAGGAUCCAGCGACUUGAAAUUGACUCCUUUGGAAAUUGCUGUAGAACCUUUCAUGGACAUCGUCGGCCGGGACUGGGAUCUGAUGAAUCCCACAAAAGUCAACACGUGCUACAGAACAGAUGCUCUGACCGCCAAGGACUUGGUACUGAUUUAGAGAAGAGAGCAGCUCCUGGCAACAUCAACAUCUAUUUGUUGCUAAUUUUCCCUGCAAUAAUCCACCGUCCUUUCCUUCUCCCAUCCUGUAAAUCUCCGAGUUUUUGCUCCAGUGUUGCCCAUCCCACUCCUGACCUAACUUGGGGUGGUGGUGGGGUGGUGGGGAGGAGUACUCACCUUGAUAAAAAUAGCUGCAAAGGCUCCUGGGCCUUUUUCCUUCCCGAAAUUGUGUCUUCAAAUGAUUAGGAGUCACUGAUCAAAAUCGGGAGCAACUUCAGCACAUUCUCUGGUCACAGAGACUUUAGGCUGGUUUGGGCCUGAGCACCAAACAACCUCUUAGCUGCUUUUCACUGGGACAGUUCUCAGGAAGUCAUAAUAGCACCAAACAUUGCUGCUUCCUGGGAAAGCACUUCCUGAACCGAAGUAGGCAGAUAGUUUAUAUGCAUUGGGAGGAAGGGUGGUUCACGUAGAAAAAGUUCUUCCACGUAUUGAGUCCUUGCUGUCUUCCAGGCACUAUUAUAUGCACUUUAUCUCCUCAAUCCCAUUCAGUCCUUCUACCAGUGCUUUGCACAGAAGUAAUAAGCACCAAGAGGCCAGGAGUUUAGUCAUUCACCCACUUAACCUGAGGGCAUUGGUUACCAUGGUAACGAUAAAUUGAUUGAAUUCAA